AAGGUAGCCUGUUGUAGUAGCUGAAUUUGAUUCAAUGACCACCAGUUCUCUCAUGGCUUCUGCAAUCUCUUCUUCUUCUUCUUCACUAGCUAGUAGAAGACUUUCUGUGACUGCCCUUUCAUUUUCUUCUAUUUCAGUUUCGCACAACGCCAAAGUUCACUUCUUUAAGUGGAUUCCUUACUCGGGUCUCUCUUCUUGGAAUGGACUGAAGCAGCUGAGUAUUUCAAAAUCUCAAUUUUCAGUACAAAUUGGGAGAAGUAGAAAAAACAAAGGAAAAGGUGUAUAUGCAUCUCUAUUUGGAGUUGGUGCACCUGAGGCACUAGUGAUUGGGGUUGUAGCUUUGCUAGUUUUUGGCCCAAAAGGUCUUGCUGAGGUUGCUCGUAACCUGGGAAAAACUUUGCGUGAAUUUCAACCUACUAUCAGAGAACUUCAGGAUGUUUCAAGGGAAUUCAAGAGCACACUUGAACGAGAGAUUGGCCUUGAUGACAUAAAAGGUUCAGGCCAAGACACAAGAAAUUCUAGCACCAUGAGGCCUUCAUCAGAUAGCAGCUCUAACGAUUCAGUGGCUGAUCCCAAUGGUUCUCCAUCACCAAAAUUAGCUUCCACGGCUGAAGACGACUUGGAAAGGAUGAUGAGAAUUGCUGAUGCUGAAAAACAAGCAGAGAAAGACCUUGCAGCCUUACUUGAAAGUCGGUCUGAAUCCCAAACCGUGUCACAAGAAGUAGCAGAUAAUUCUUCUUCCUCAGAUAGAGCAUACUCAACUGAAGAGUACUUGAAGAUCAGUGAGGAACAGCUAAAAGCUGCCGCUCAGAAGCAGAAUGAGACAUCUACGCUCGAGCAAAUCCCCUUCAAUGCCCAAAGCCCGUCGCAAGCAGAUAGUGAUUCUUCAGCAGAUGGAGCAUACUCAACUGAAGAUCUUUCAAAGGCAGCUGCUGAGCAGAAUGAGAUGUCUUCUCCCCAGCAAAUCCUCUCAAAUGCUGAAAGCCAGUCGCAAGAAGCUCCCGGAGAGGCUGCCUCGAUGAUCUCUUCUUCCACGAAGCCCGAAAGUGAGACAUAGGGAAGUAAUGGUAUAGGUCUUGUUCUUAAAAUCAUUGAAUAUUGUAGUGUUAUUCUUAAAAUGCUUGAUGAACUUGGAAUGUUCUGCUUCGGAGUAACAAUUUUGUACAUUAGAGCCAUUGAA